AUUUCGCUGUUCAGUUGAAGCUUGAGGAGUUUGUAUUAGUGCAGAAUCUACCACCUCUAAUUCAAAAAUGAGGGAAAUCGUACAUCUUCAGGCCGGCCAGUGCGGUAAUCAGAUCGGAGCUAAGUUCUGGGAGGUCAUCAGUGACGAGCAUGGAAUCGACCCAACAGGCACAUACCAUGGCGACAGUGACCUUCAGCUGGACCGGAUUAAUGUCUACUAUAAUGAAGCAUCAGGUGGUAAAUACGUACCACGCGCUGUGCUGGUGGACUUGGAGCCUGGAACCAUGGACUCCGUGAGGUCCGGACCUUUCGGCCAGGUGUUCAGGCCGGACAAUUUUGUCUUCGGGCAGAGCGGUGCUGGAAACAACUGGGCCAAGGGGCACUACACGGAGGGGGCGGAGCUUGUGGACUCUGUGCUGGACGUGGUGCGUAAGGAGGCAGAGAGCUGCGAUUGCCUGCAGGGCUUCCAGCUCACGCACUCGCUGGGCGGAGGCACAGGCUCGGGCAUGGGCACCCUGCUGAUCAGCAAGAUCCGUGAGGAGUACCCCGACCGCAUCAUGAACACCUUCAGCGUGGUGCCCUCGCCCAAGGUGUCCGACACGGUGGUGGAGCCCUACAACGCCACGCUGUCCGUGCACCAGCUGGUGGAGAACACGGACGAGACCUACUGCAUCGACAACGAGGCGCUCUACGACAUCUGCUUCCGCACGCUCAAGCUGACCACGCCCUCAUACGGAGACCUCAACCACCUGGUGUCGGCCACCAUGAGCGGCGUGACCACCUGCCUCAGGUUCCCCGGGCAGCUCAACGCCGACCUGCGCAAACUGGCCGUCAACAUGGUUGCCCUUCCCCGCCUGCACUUCUUCAUGCCGGGCUUCGCCCCCCUCACCAGCAGGGGGAGCCAGCAGUACCGCUCCCUCACCGUGCCGGAGCUCACGCAGCAGAUGUUCGACUCCAAGAACAUGAUGGCGGCGUGCGACCCGCGCCACGGCCGCUACCUCACCGUGGCUGCCAUCUUCCGCGGCCGCAUGUCCAUGAAGGAGGUGGACGAGCAGAUGCUCAACGUCCAGAACAAGAACAGCAGCUACUUCGUGGAGUGGAUCCCCAACAACGUGAAGACGGCCGUGUGCGACAUCCCGCCCCGCGGCCUCAAGAUGGCCGCCACCUUCAUCGGCAACAGUACGGCCAUCCAGGAGCUGUUCAAGCGCAUCUCGGAGCAGUUCACCGCCAUGUUCCGCCGCAAGGCCUUCCUGCAUUGGUACACGGGCGAGGGGAUGGACGAGAUGGAGUUCACCGAGGCUGAGAGCAACAUGAACGACCUGGUGUCCGAGUACCAGCAGUACCAGGACGCCACGGCCGAGGAGGAGGGAGAGUUCGAGGAGGAGGGCGAGGAGGAACUGGCUUAAGUUCACGUGUGUGUGUAUGUGUGUGUGCGCCGAGCUGUAAUAUUUUACUGACCCAUCUGAACAAGAAACCUCUCAAGCUCAAUUUUUCCUGUUUGUAAGUGUUGUCGCCUGUGCUGUUCUCGUUCCUUCUCUGUACAGAAAUAAAAAUCUUUUUUUUUUAACGUU